UAGUUGCCCCGUCGAAAUUUUUACUGCCAGCCAACGACGUUGUUAUUGUUUGCUGACACUGAUCUCUGUUUCUUAUUAGAGAAAAAUGAAAAAAACGUGCGCGAUUGAAUCACACGUUUACAAAUUAAUAAAAAAAAUAUACCUUUUCGAUAUAAAAACUAAUAAAAUAAAAAAACUGCAACGUAGCAAAACUGUUUUGCAAUAUAAGGCAUAUGAACUUUUAAAGAAAAUUCGCUUAAAUUUAUGUAAUUAGGAAACAUUUUGUAACCUCGUCUGGCAGAGCAGCAGCAAAAAAUCUACGCAAAUAACUGCGGAACCAAAUCAGCUGUGCCCAACGUAGUAAACCCUUGAGGGGGAGAUAAUAUUUAACAAGUUCAUGAAAUAAAGUUGGAAAGUUCAAGCGCAAUAUUUUGUGAAAUUAUAAAAAAAAGCUUUUUCCUUUAUAAAAGUUUAUAUUUUGUUGGUCAAGAGAUGGCUUUAAAUUCGAAUAUGUCGGUGUAUAGUGCCAAAACCUCGCGGACCUCUUUAUCUUCGAUUUUGAAGACAUAUUCGCCUUCAGAAAGAGAUAAAACUAAAAAUGCCAUUAUCAAUAAAGUAAGAUUUGAAAUGCCACUGCAGAAGGGAAUUUUACAAGUGGUGGCCGCUGUAGAAGAAAGAAAAAAUUUUGAGCAAAUGGAAGAAUUUGUUUCAUUUUUAAUUGAAUCUAAUUUGGAGGAUAAUGAAUUCUUGCGUAUUUUUAAUGAUGCCUACACUGUUAUUCAUCAAUUAAGUCCCAAAUUUUCACCACUAGUCGAAGCAUUACUAUCUAUAACAUGGAUUAAAAGAUCAGCAGAAUGUCGUAAAGCCUAUGGCGACUUUUGUUUGGGUAUGGUGGUGGCACACAAUAAAUAUCUGGAAUUUGCCAUAGAAAAGUUAAUAAAAUUAUGGAUACCUACGGAAAGCAAUAGUGACCAUUGGUAUAAUGAUAAACCUAGCAAAGAAAUGCAAGAAGAAUUGCAGGCAAUUCAUGUUAUACUGGAGCGCAUAUUAAAUGCUAUACCCAUGGCUUUUGAUGCUACUCUAACAGUCAUUGAAGCACUGUUUCCAUACUACAAAAGGCCCACCUAUUCAGUGGUGGGUUAUGUGCAUAAUUUAUUGCAAUUAUUAGAAUAUAAACCUAUGUUUUCGGAAUAUGUCAUACAACUAAUAAUGCAAAGAUUGGUUAUCUUGGAUGUUCAUGCUCCGCGUUCAGAAAUUGAAGAACUAGAAAGUGACGAUGAGAGUGAAGAUGAGGAAGAAGAUCCCGAAAUGUUUGAAAUGGAUGAUUGUGAAAAAGAUACCGCUAAAGCUGAUGAACCCAUGAAACACGCCAUUGCUCAUACUUUAGAUGUUUGCAUGUUGAAAUUAUUUAAAUUUUUAGAAGUGAAAAGUGAACAAACUCCUAAUGCUACGGAUAAUGAACGACAGCAAAAAUUGGCUAAUUCUUUAAAGUUUUUAAAAAUUUUAAUUAAAGCUUUCGAUGAAGUUAUUUUACCCAUACACAAUACUCAUCAUGUACAAUUUGUUAUAUUCUAUUUUUGUAGUUUAAAGCAAAGUUUGGCGGAAACUUUCUUAGCCUCGCUGUGGGAUAAAAUUAGAAAUCCAAAUUGUUCGGCUGUUAUACGUCAAACAUCUGUGGGUUAUAUGGCCAGUUUUUUGGCUCGUUCAAAGUUUAUAAGUGUAAACAUUUUAAAACACUACCUCAAAGAACUGUGCUCUUGGGCUCAUCAGUACAUACAAGGUUGUGAUCAAUACCGUUCGAAUGGUUCCCUCAAAGCAAAUAUUGUAUUUUUCUCUGUGUGUCAAGCUAUAUUCUAUGUAAUAGCUUUUCGAUCAAAAGAUUUAACCAGUGAUAAGAAAAGUUUAUUAUUUUUACAAUCAUUACAUUUAUCGGCGAUGGUAACGUGUAAUUUCAAUCCCCUAAGAGUUUGUUUACCAGCUGUGGCCACUGCUUUUGCUGGAGUAACGAGAGCCUAUCAAUUGGCCUAUUGUCAUACGAUAUUGGAACGCAAUGCUCGUCGUAAAUUGGCUACAGUAUAUGCCAAUGACACGGCCACACCAGAAGAAACCUUAGAUACUUUCUUUCCCUUUGAUCCGUAUUUAUUGAAAAUGUCCAGCAAAUAUAUAACACCCAUCUAUUUGGUAUAUCAAGCUGGUGACUGUGAUGAUGAUCUACCCGAAACUAAAAAUAAAUCACGCAAACGCGGUGAUUCCGAAAUGAUGGAUGAUCAUGAUAUUGAUGAUUUUAUUUUAAGUGAUAAACGUCAAAGAUUAGCCAGUUUAGCCAAAAGUCAAGAGAGAGAGGCACAAUUUAGUUAUGGUUUAUCGCCCGGUUUUCAUAUAUAAUCAAGAAAAUUUUUGAUUUUGUAUGUUUUUUUGUAAAAAUCAAAAACAUAUUUCUAAAUUCCUAUAGAUAUAUAUAUUACUAAAUUGAACUGUCGUUAAUUAAUCUUCCUGUAUUGAAAUAUUUAAAACGGAUUCUCUUUUAUUAUUUAGCUUUUAAGAAAUGUAUAUUUCAAAGAAAUGGAUUUUAUAAUUUU